UCUCGGUCUCUCCCCUGCCCGUCCGUAGCCCAUAGCCAUAGCCACGAGCUGCUCCCGGCUUCCUCCUACGCGAGACGAGAGUGUUCCUUCCCGACCUGCGGCGGCGAUCGAUUUCUAGGGCAAACUCCAAGCCCGGUCCGCGCGCUCGAGGCGAGAGCAGGGUUCGGCUGGUGAGAUGGCGGGGCGCAAGGAGACGGCGCUCGACCUGGCCAAGUUCGUCGACAAGGGCGUCCAGGUCAAGCUCACCGGCGGCCGCCAAGUUACAGGAACCUUGAAGGGAUAUGACCAGCUGCUCAACUUAGUGCUGGAUGAAGCAGUCGAGUCUGAAAGAGAGCAAGAUGACCCGUUGAAGCUGUCAACCAAGACCAGACAACUUGGUCUCAUUGUGUGCAGAGGCACUGCUGUCAUGCUGGUGUCACCAACUGAUGGAACCGACGAGAUUGCCAACCCCUUCCUCGCAGCGGAGGGGGCGUCAUAAGCUUUAUACUGGGCAAUUGGUUCAGAGCUGUAUUACUCAAGCAUGUGCCGAAAGAGCUUCUGUUCUUUUGGAAAAAACUAAUUGUACCCGUGUUUGACAUGUGCUGAUGAACUUGUAAUUUGUAUCGAGCUGCUUAAAACAUCCUUCCAUAGCAGCCAUGGUUGCAUGUAUCUUCAUUGCUGGA